AUGACUAUUGAUAAUAGUUGGAUUACGUUGCAAAAUCGAAGGUGCCCAAACAACUUCAUAGAGAUCGCCAAGAACCAUGUCGAUGAUGAAGGCAAAACAUGUUGCCUGUGUAUAGAUUGUGUGAACAUGUUUCGGCAUAUUGUGACUACGGUUUAUGCCCACAUACAUGACCGUGGGUUUGAAGAAUCAUAUCUUAUAUGGAUUCAUCAUGGUGAGGAAUAUCCUCCUUCAGAUUUAGACAACCUUUGGGCUUCAAAAUAUCGUAGUACUAGAGUUGUGGCAAAGGAAAAUCCACAUGAAGAGAUGUUCAAUGUAAUAGAUGACGUUAUGGCAAAGGAAGAUCCACAUAUAGAAAAUAUAAGCCAAGAAGAAACUGCUUUAGACCCAGGGUUUGAUGCAUUGUUUGAGGAAGCUAAUACCGAGUUAUACCCUGUCAUAAGAAUGUCAGUACAUGUUGCUAGAGGACACCGUGGAGACGGUGGGGGUGAACCUCCAAGACAGCCGCAUACGAUCCCUAAAGCUUGUGACUCAUCAAAACCAAAGAGAGAUUAUAAAAGAAAAGUCUAUCUCACCUUGCAUAAUUAUUUUGAUAUAGAGUCUUUUCGUGACACACCUCAUUGGAAUGGCAUUGUGCAAGGAAUUGAUGCGGAUUUCAAAGCAAGUUACAGGCGCCGCAAGUCGAAGGUGUAUGGAAGUUCUCAUGGUGCUGAACCCUAUGCCCAAAAGCGACAUAAGGAAAAAAAAGAAACUGUAAUGCAAAACCACAUUGAUGGAUGGAAAAAAAGUUACUUUAAGGAAGGAAAUGGAUGGUGUCACCCACAGGCGCAACACGAUUGGGGUAAAAUUAUGCAAGAGUAUAGGAAAAUGUUGGAAGAGGUUGAUGGUGAUGAUUCAUUGGUUGAUCAGACAGAAUGCCUCAAGCGUGCACUUGGAGAAAGAAGCAGUCAUACAAGAGAGUUGACUCAACAAAUGAGUCAACAAUUUACUGAACAAAUGCAUCAAAUGUUCUUGUCUCAAAAUCCAAACGCCCAACCACCACAAUUUCAAUUUACUUUUGAUCCUUCUCGCCUACAAGUUCCAAAUGGUCAUGAUGUCAAUGAAGAAGAUGAAGAAAGUCAAGGAUAUGAAAAUGAAGAUGAUGAAAUGGAAGAAGGUGAUCAAAAUGAAGAAUGGGAAAAUAGUUCUAGUGGACCUGAUAAUUAG